CGAGACCCGCUACUACAGGUAUCUUACUUAGCCUCGAAGUCUGUUCGCGCCUCUAUCGGUUGAUAAAUAAGCUACAAAACCUUGCCAUCCUGCCAUCCCACGUUCAAUAUCUGAUACUCUGUUUUGUGUCGAUAUAAAACUCAACCUUACCCGCUACUCAGUCGCGUUUACAGACUGUAACUCAGUCGUCAAUGUUAUAGUAUUUACUUGUCGCCAGUCCAAGCAUGAGAGUUUCAAUCGAAGUAGAGAAACUUAUAGCUCUAAAAACAACAGACGUUGGCAUGUCAUGGUGAGGUCGAAGGGAGCUACGAUUGCACAGUAUUCUGCAGGUCAAGUACGUACACAGACAUAUUGAAUAUUCGGCAGGUAUUUAAAGUAUAGCAUUGAACUGACGUGCAUCGGGGAAAUGAAUCUGGUCAGUCCGUCUGAGAUUCGUCGUAUCCUAAAUUCGCCCUGGUUCUAUAACUCUGCAUUUCGGUGGCUCAACACGGCAUAAGACAGCAUAUGAUAGAGUUCGGAACUUUUGUACACAGGGAAGUUUGUUAGCGGGAAUUGGCAUAUUAGAUAUUGAAGCUUCGGGGAGUCAUUGAUCACCGACCCUCAAUUUUGUUCUGAGGUUGAUGAAUAGAGUUUACAAUCAUGAACCGAGGUGGUUGUUCUACUGACGCCCGCCUGGGAUGAGCUCACCUGCCAAUAACAACUGAACUGUCCGUACUGUCAUGGAGGCUCGCCUGAUCUUUUUUCUUCCUUACACUCAUGUCGCUGACAUUCUUGAUACACAAUGACAACAACCAUUAUCACCGUCAGAAAUAGCAACGCUCUUCAAUACUAAAACUGCCCAUCACAGACCAUAUAAUAGUACCUGUACCUCUUGCUAAUCGUCAUUUGUGCCGCUGUAUAACCGCACUACGCCAUCUAUCCACCCACAUUUGUUGCCCCGCCCCGCUCGACAACUCGAGGGACACGAGUCGACUUGAUGAGACAACAGCACUUUAUUAUCUUUAUUGUCGCCAAAACUACAUUGCCAUGUUUUGCGGUUGAGAUGCCACUUCCCUCCCGUCAUCAUCUCAGCCUGUCCUUUUCAGAAACUUAGAGAGAGGUCUGAAACCCCAAUACAACGCGUUAUCGACGCAUCGAAUUCUUUAAGUCCAUUCCUGGAUGAUUGUCCCGCAACCGUCCACUCAGAAGAACUAGCCAACGACGCCACGGAACAGUGGAUUGACUGCCUGCACAAGACCGCGCCCAUUUCCCACGCCCCUUUCUGAUUGCGCUUCACGUUGUGGUCAGGCUCCUUGAGAUUCUCCAAGGUCAACUACAAUCCCUUCGUAUUACCGGAGUCAACGGCUUAGAUCACAGGUCAAUCCACUGGCUCUUGUCCACUGACUUCUGGAACCAACCUGGUCCUCGUGGUCUUAAUUGUCCCGCUUCCGAGUGGAGAAAUUUGACGACACUCGAACGAACUGUUACCCCAGACCUCACCCCUCAACUACUAUCUCCAGUCAAGCUCUAUUCGUUACGCUUAUUGUAGUUGGUUGCACGGACACUCCGCAAUAUCAGUCCUUCAGGACUUUUCUCGUCGAUACCUUGUGCUAGGUCGGCAUCUACAGGCUUAACAAAAUGCCACGUCCGAGUUUCUCUCACAACCCGCUUUUGAGGGUGUCAAGGCCAGUGUCCGCUUGCUCUCGGUGCCGCGCUGCCAAGGUCAAGUGUGAUGGCAAACUGCCAGCUUGUACAGCCUGCGAAAAGGCUGGUCGUUCAAAUGAGUGUUCUGCGGCAAACGACCAGUUCGCUCGAGGCAAGGAGAGAAGGUUGGUCGAUAACUUGGUCGUUGAGAGUGCGAGCCGAUCUAAUUCUUGUGCUCAGUUACGUGGCGGCUUUGGAAUUACGCAUAGAAAAGCUUGAAAAACGGCUUCAGUUUGCAAAAUCACGCAAGGCAUCCGUUGCGCUCCAUGAUACGGAUGCAUCGGCCUUUAAUGUGCAACAGAUGGACCGUAGAGACUCUCUUGCGCUCAUCCGCGCCGCUAUACAUCGCAAAGCGGCGCAAAAGCGGGAGACUUCUGAUGUCAACUCUCUUGUAUCCGACUUUGGCUUUCUUUCUGUCAAUGCAACAACGCGAGACUUUGAACCUAUAUCAACAAACAUGACGUUUGCUAGACUAGUCUUGGCGGCAACAACGAACGAUGCCCUUCCAGAGUCUGACCAAGCCCGCUUACCUCCGAGACAAACUGCCCAUGUGCUGGUCCAGCAUUACAUGGACAACGUCUAUUCGUUGUUCCCCUGCUUUUCGGAAACCUCACUUUUAACCGCUCUUGACGACAUAUAUCAAGAAGAUACCCGGACUAUCAAAGACUCGGACUAUUGGAUGGUGUACAUGGUCCUUGCCAUUGGCUCUACAGUCCAAAGCAAACGUAGCCAAGAUACACACUAUCUUACUGGCCUCGAGUAUGCGUCAAGAGCUAUGAAUCAUGCUGAUGGUGCUCUCACUCCUGGAUACGUAACACAAAUCCAGUCGCUUCUUCUUUUGACGCAAUAUGCCAUGUUGGACCCUGCCCACUUCGAUAGCUGGCAUUUGAUAGGUUUCACAGCUCGUGCGAUAGUUGACCUAGGUUUUCACCAAGACCCUCCUUUGUCUUCUGUCCCUGACAAAGCUUCUCUGGACAUGCGACGCAAAAUCUUUUACUGCGUCUAUGCUCUUGAUCGUGCCAUCAGUAUGGUCCAUGCGCGAACAUUUUCGUUUACUGAUGAUACUGUUAAUGUCGCCUUUCCUCAGGCGUCUAAUAACGGGAGAAAGAGUUCUGUGUCAGGUCCCAUCACCGGUCCCCAACCCGCAGACCCUGCUCUGCUGCUCUUUCAACUCCGGCGAGCGCAAUCCCAUUGGUAUCAGGAGUUGUAUCAAUCAGGUUCGGUCCCUCUGCAGGAUCCAAUCUCCUAUAUUUGGAAAAUGUGUCUUGAUAUGCGCGAAUGGCAAGACACUCUGCCGACAAAUCUGGCCCCUGAAAUCCGACAAUUGUUCGACCAGGAGCUGAGGUAUAGCUACGUCUACUGUAUUGCGCCCUCGGCCAGGGCACCCAGCAUCACCGACUAUAACCGUAUUCUGAUUUUUGAGCACUCGAUGGCCUAUCUUGACACUGUCCAUGAGAUAGCACAUGGUGCACAAAAUUCCGGAUUCUAUACAUACCAUGAUGUGUUGAGGGUCUAUUUUAUGGCGAAUCAGUUCCUCGCGGUUCUAAGGGAUGCGGAAGAUAUGCUUCUUUCGGGAAUGCCGGUUCCGAUUCCAAUUUCUCGCCCGGGUGCUGCACCUGCCCCUCCUCUCCCAAGACGAUUGCAACCCCAAGGAAUGAAUGGAGAGGAUAACCUUGAUCGCAGCUUGAGGUGUCUCGAUAAGGUCUCACAGACAUUAGAUACCUACGGAGACCGUUGGGCAGAUGCCUCGACCUGGAGAGAAAGUUUUAGUAUGAUAUCCCAGGAAAUGGUGGACCGACUUUCGAGGCGAAAGCAAAUACGUGAUACUGCUAGAGAACAAUAUCAAUUACAGUAUCAGGGCAGAGGUAUACCACCCCAAACUCAGGCUGGUUUUUAAAUACAAAGCUCACAGCAAUUCAAGGAGAUGCCAUGGGGAGGAGUUGAUAUUACACAAAUGUUCCACGGUGGCAACUCCUGAUAAUAUAUCCCAGAAUCGGGCUUUGGAAGAUGAUGGAAGAAACAUUCGUCAUGCUUAACUCCAAGCACGCUCUAGGGCCAAGGCUCUUAGGUUAGGUUUAGGGUAGAGUUAAAGCCUAACUUACUGGUGCUCCGAGAUGCAGUGUAUUAUAUCUGGUUCAAUGUGUAAAUGAGGAGCUGGAGUCUGCAAUUUCACUGAUGUAGGUUGACCAAACCGCAUUAGCACUUGACUCGAAGUUAUAAAGAAGGAAGUUGGGUAUAGGCAUACUCAUGAACAUUAAGGUUCAAACAAUUCCAAAGUGACACAUAAUCCCAAUCCUUAUUUAUGUCUUUGUAAGGCUAUGCAAUAGGUUAGACCGGA